ACUCUUUUUUUUUUUUUUAAAUAUCAUUUACCCGAAGUAUUUAAUUACAAUUUUCGAGUGUUUGUACAGUUUUUGUUCAACGUAUAUCUAAUUUAAGGAUUUCCACUACUCCUAUCGACUUUUCGAACAAUGUGACUCGUUAAUGAAAAUGGUAAAAGUGGUAAAUUGGUACGAAGCAAAGUAAUCUAAAUAAACUAAACGAUUGCAUAAAUUUUUUUUAAGUCCAUCUUACCGAUAAGAGACAUAUAAGCACCGGCUGUGUCUCUCUACUGAUUCUAGUUCUGGUACUCUCUUGCUUUCCACUUAUCACCGAAAUACUUUCACGCACAAUAUACAUAUAAAUAUGUUUAAUGACUAUAUAUAAAAGAUGUAGAAAUGAAAUCAGUUUUAUUUGUGCCGUGUACACCAAACGACUGGUAUAUUUUUUCUGAAGAAGUCUUGAACAACCAAUUGACGUAAACUUAUAGAAUGGCAAAUAAAAUCAUAUUUAUUGGACUCAUCGUCGCUCUGCUCCACGUGGCGAGCGCAGAGGAAGCUAACCCCGAGCCUUAUAUGAAUGAUGUGUCCAGGAUGUCGGCAGAAAUCAAAGCAACGGAGGAACGGUGUACUCAAAAAGUGUCUAAUUUGGAAAGGAAAUUGGAUGAUUUAAUAAACCUGCAGACAAACAGUUCAGAAGUUGCCACUCGUCCCAAACGUCCCGCAGAGCUUGCUUGCGAGAAGAUGAAUGACUUACGAUCAGCUGGAAUACACAAUAAUACUCAACCUUACAUAAUUUUUAUUUUUCACGACGAUCGAGAUAAAAUGAUUUAUGAUGGCGUUUUAAUCGAGAAACGUUUUGUGUUAAUAACUGUAUUGUCCUCUUAUAUUAAGCAACUUAAAGUACUCGAAUUUUUGUUCUCUGAUAAGGUAGUAUCCAAGAAAAUAAAGAAAGUACAUACCGUAGCUGAGAAUUGGCCUCAUUCUAUUAUUUUGGUUGAACUGGAUAGUGAUGUGCACUACAAUUUCUGGUUGUAUCCUACUUGUUUAUAUACUUCAGAAUUGAAUCCGAAAAGUGCUCUCAUGCAUGAUGGCAAAACACUGAAGAUUGCGGAGGAUUCUAAUUGCUUCGAUUCGGAUUCUAAGAAGCUGCACCCUUUUGAAAUAUGUGUAAAUGACAGUUGUAAUGAUAGUGAGCUAGUAUUCCUUGUAGAGGAGGAAAGAAAACCUCAGCUGUUCGGAUUUGUAACUACGGAUUGCAUUCAAAAAUACCAAACUUUACAUAAAGUGUCUCCUUACUUGGACCUUAUAGAGAACAUUGUCUGGCCGAAGAAUGGAAAAUGAAUUUUGGAAGUAGACAAUAAAUUUUUAUGAUUUUACUCACCAUAUCUAUAAACAUGUAAAUGAUAUGAGUUAUUGUUAUUGCGUUAUUAAAAGUGGAUCACCAUGA